AUGUACAACCGCUCCAGCCUAUCCCUCAACGGGAAAUACCGAAGUACCUUCACAGGCGUCCGCAAGCGAAAAUGGGGCAAAUGGGUGUCCGAAAUCCGCGAGCCGGGGAAGAAAACCAGAAUCUGGUUAGGGAGCUUCGAGACCCCCGAGAUGGCUGCCGCGGCAUACGACGUGGCGGCAUUGCAUUUCCGGGGACGUGAGGCCAGGCUCAACUUCCCCGAACUUGUCAGCUACCUGCCACGCCCUGCCAGCUCCAGCCCCGACGACAUACGCAUGGCUGCGCAUGAAGCGGCUAUAAGGCUGAGGAGUAACAAUGGUGACACUAAUAACUCUUUGGUGGCAGCAGGUCAUUGUGAGGUUGGGAGUUCUAGCUCCAACGCGGUGGCUCCGGUGACGGUGAGGCUGUCGCCAAUUCAAAUUCAGGCGAUUAACGAGUCCCCCUUGGACUCGCCCAAGAUGUGGAUGCAAAUGUCUGAAGCUCUCAUGUCUGAGGAAUCCAUGAUGUUCUCUAAUGACUUCGACGAUGAGGGGAUGAAUAGUAAUCAAUGGGGGAAUAUGCAACAAGAUUCUCUGUGGGAUCCUUAGGUAACGUUUUGCAUAACACAAAUGACAUAAUCACCAUAUAUUUAAUCAUCUAGGUGUGACCAAGUUUGACCUAUGAAAAUUAUUUCUUAUGAAACUGUCAUAUAUGAUGUUGUUAGACUGUGAAACGAGAAUUACGAGUUUGAUCUGAUCGAUCAACCUUGAUGAUUUUUUGUCACAGUACUGAAAACAUUAUACGUCAGACUGUUGGGUAGAAUAAAGUUUCCGGCAUAAAAAAGUGGUCGGACACUUCUUUUAUUGAGGAAAAUCAAGAUUAAUUGUAAGCUUUGAAGCUUCUUCUAUAAUUGUAUCAUUCAUUGGCA